AGAGAUACAAGGACAGCUAAUUGCUAGCUCAGAAGCUCUGGUUUCAGGAGGGGAGAACUACUGCGGCUGGAGUACAAACUGACAGGAUCAUGACAGAGCCAAGCAGUAGAAAAGAAGGAUUUAAAAAAUGCCGGAGUGCCACUUUCAGCAUUGAUGGCUUUAGCUUUACAAUUGUUGCAAACGAGACAGGCAACAAAAAUGCUCGACCGCUUUCACGAUUUGCUCGGUCAAAGUCACAAAACUGCGUAUGGAACACCAUUAUUGGUGGGCUUACUGAUAAUCUCAAAGAAAGGCAGAAGCCAACCAUCAUUCAUGAUCCUAGGACUCCAGAGGAAAUCUUAGCAGAUGAGCUACCACCAGUGGACAGUCCAGAAGCAUUAGUGAAAACAUCUUUCAGGAGAAAAUACAAGAAAACAUCACAGAGGUUGCGGUCUUUGGUAAAGCAAUUAGAGAGAGGAGAGGCUUCGGUUGUGGACCUAAAAAAGAAUUUGGAAUAUGCAGCUGCCGUACUUGAAUCGGUGUACAUUGAUGAAACUAGGCGUUUAUUGGACACAGAAGAUGAGCUCAGUGAUAUUCAGUCAGACUCCGUGCCCUCUGAGGUCCGGGACUGGUUGGCCUCUACCUUCACGCGGCAGAUGGGGAUGAUGCUUAAAAGGUCCGAGGAAAAGCCUCGGUUCAGGAGCAUCGUCCAUGCAGUGCAAGCUGGUAUAUUUGUGGAGAGAAUGUACAGACGGACAUCAAAUAUGGUUGGCCUGAGCUACCCACCAGCUGUAAUUGGAGUGCUAAAGAAUGUAGACAAGUGGUCCUUUGAUGUAUUUGCACUGAACGAUGCUAGCGGGGAUCAUGCACUGAAAUUCAUUUUCUAUGAACUUCUCACACGUUACGAUCUGAUCAGCCGUUUCAAGAUUCCCAUUUCUGCUCUUGUCUCCUUUGUGGAAGCACUGGAAGUUGGAUACAGCAAACAUAAAAAUCCUUAUCACAAUCUAAUGCACGCAGCAGAUGUUACACAGACUGUACAUUAUCUCCUUUUUAAGACAGGUGUAGCGCACUGGCUGACAGAGUUGGAGAUCUUUGCUAUGAUCUUCGCAGCUGCCGUUCAUGACUAUGAACAUACUGGAACCACCAACAACUUUCACAUUCAGACACGGUCGGAUUCAGCCAUUCUGUAUAAUGACCGAUCUGUGCUCGAAAAUCACCAUGUCAGUGCAGCCUAUCGCCUUUUGCAAGAUGAUGAGGAGAUGAACAUUUUGUCUAACCUCUCAAAGGAUGAUUGGAGGGAAUUCAGGGCCUUGGUGAUAGAGAUGGUGUUGGCCACUGAUAUGUCCUGUCACUUCCAACAAAUCAAAGCCAUGAAGAAUGCUUUGCAGCAGCCAGAAGGAAUCGACAAGCCGAAAGCCUUAUCGCUGUUGUUACAUACAGCAGACAUCAGUCAUCCAGCCAAGGCCUGGGACCUUCAUCAUCGCUGGACCAUGUCCUUGCUAGAGGAGUUCUUCAGACAGGGUGACAAAGAAGCAGAACUAGGGCUUCCUUUCUCCCCACUGUGUGACCGCAAGUCUACUAUGGUAGCUCAGUCUCAGAUAGGUUUUAUUGAUUUCAUUGUGGAGCCCACUUUUACUGUGCUGACAGACAUGACAGAGAAGAUUGUAACACCACUCAUUGAUGAAGCCUCCCGCUCUGGUAUGACUGGAUUUAGACGUUCCAGUUUGAAUAGCAUUAGCCCCUCCGAAGUUAAAAGAUCAAGUGUCAAGAGCACUGGGUCAGAAGGAAGUGCCUCUCUCAACUGUUCCAUACUCACUGUGGACUUCAAAUGUUUUAAAGCCACCUGGACCGAGGUGGUGCAGCAGAACCGGGAGAAAUGGAAAGCAAAAGCAACCAAAGAAGAAAAAGCUAAGAAAGAAGCUGAGGAAAAUGCUCAUCAGGGAACAGAUGAAAAGAAAACAGAAGAAAAAGAAGAGAAAAGUCCAGCCGAGGAUACCACGACAGCCAAGUCAGAAGACAGCAAAGAACCAAAUCCUGGGGAAAGUAAGAGCACAGAAUCUAGCAAGGGUCAUGUAAAUGGGACUCAGCAAAGUGGUGUGAACAAACUUGAAGCCUCUCAAGGGAAAAACCAGUCUAGAGCGGACAAGGACAGUGAGUCUCUCCAAGCAACAGGAGAGGAGAAACAGCAUGUCCAAAAUGGUGAAUUAAAGGAUGAUGAUAACCAGUCAGACAAGAAAGAUCAGUCUAGUAUGGAAAAUGAAUCAAAGAGAACAGAUGAUACAGAAGAGUAAAAAAAAAAAAAAAAAUUAAAAAAAAGAGACUGCAAAUUUCUUUCAUCAUUUUAGCUGAGCUUCUUCAUUCCUCUCCUCCUCCUCCUUCCGCAAAGACCAGUUUCUGGGGAAGGCGUUACACAGCUUUCAAAACAAUCCUCCUCCCACUGGCUACUUCACAGUUAAUGACUCUGGGGUUUGGGUGUUUUUUUUCCUUCACUUUUUUCCCCGUGUGUGUGUGCUGUUUCUUUUUUAAAAUUCUCUGGGCGGGGGGUUUGUUAACAAAAUAAUUCCGCUUUCUGGACAGGCAAAACACAUGAAUGAGGAUCUUCCUCAGAAGCCGUUGCUUCCCUAUGCUAAAGCCCUAGCUUGUGAAAGACAUGCUAAGCCCUACCUUGUGAAAGACAAGAAAAUUGGAAUGUGUGUAAAGGGGCUUGAAAUUACUGCCUUUGUACUAUUGUUUCCAUCUGCUAGGCAGAGAAUUUGAUACCAGUUUUAGCAUCAAUUCAGAGGAUUUUGUUCAUGAAGGUGGUGAAUUGUUAAAUUCAUAAACUUCUCACUAGGACUUAGUACUGUUACACAGCUUUUCCAGCACUCUAUGAUAUUGAUUUUUGUUCGUUUUUUAUUUAUCCUGUGGGCAAAUUCAUUUAAUCUUCUAUUUAUUUCAUGCACUUUUCUUAUUUUGUUUUAGUAAUGACUCACAAAUAGGGUGUUUGCUCAGGGCUGUUGCCCACUAAAGCUCUGAGGAAUGUACUUUUUGUGUUGUCUUCCAUAACUAGUAAUUACAAUUAAUGAUAUAUUUCUCGCAUCUGUUUCUUAGAUACCUGUAACCACUCUUUACCUGACCUAGAAGUACUGAGAGAAGGCAGGCAUUAGGAAGUCAGAUGGAUCAAUUCCUCCUUUCAUCUUAGUGUGACAUUUCUUUUAUCACUGAUUGAAUGGAUGGGUCAAAGGAAAAGAAAAAUAUAAAAUAUAAAAUAUAAGUUUUUAAUAUAAAUAAGUUGGAGAAGUAGAAGCAGAAAAGGAAAGAUUGGAAAAAAAAAACAACCUAAGGUCUAAGUACACCACUGGAAUGAAGUAGGUCCAUAAACUUGAAAGGUGAAAUGUUCAAAACUCACUCAGGCCCUGAUUCAGGAAAGUGUUGCUGUUCAUGAAAGCAUUAAACACGUGCUUAAGUGCUGUCCUGGAUUAGGGCCGCAAGAUAGAUCCAGUUCAAUAUAACUUGAUUUCACCUGUCCAUGUGAAAUUCAACACACAUGCACAGUUAUAGUGUGUAUAGUUUUGCCCUGUUGUUCACAUAUAUAUUUUACUAUGCGUUAGACUGCUUUCAUACUACUCUAGAGAAUGUGGAAAACAUUGGCCUCAGGAGGAAAAUAAACUCCAUCUGUAUUCCAUUUUCAUGUUCAAAGCACAAAACUUUGUUCUACCACCAGCCUAUAUUAGACAGAAGACUCACAGCUCCUGUUCAAAUGCAUAUGAACAGGGAUGAGCAUGUUUAAGAUGGCAGUAGGAAAUAUUGCCAUACUUGUAUUAGCCUCACAAAACACUAGCAGCGGUGGGGCUCGUUCACGUUCAGAUUUUGAACAUGAACAUCCCAUGGCUCAGGAAUGUUUGUAUCCAGGAUUUUGGUUCAACCCACUCUGCAAAAUUCAGAUUCACAUCUGAGUUUUUACUUCAGACACCAAAGUUUCAGUUUGUUCAGAUAUAGGGAUUUAGCUGGGGUCCAUCUCAUGCUUAGUAAAAUAUUUUCCCUUGGAAGAUCUAUAAAAAUAACUGCUGUUAGCAUAGAUAUGUCAUUCUCCAGCUGUCUUCUCUAUAUUGGUUCCUUUAAAUAAAAUAAAGGAACACACCAUAUUCUAAUUCCUUAGAACUGUUUCUGUGACUGUUCCACACUCAGAACCCCCAUCAGCUUCAAUGGAAGUUCCACACACCUAGCAGCUGUAGAAUUUGGCCCGUAGGCCCAGAUCCAAAAAGGUACUAAAGCUCCUAACUUCCAUUAAAAUCAAUGGAAGUUAGCAGCCUAAAUACCUUUGUGGAUCGGUGUCUUCGUCUUUAUCAAAUUCUUUAAAGGGACAUUGACAGGAUAUAAAUAAUACUGCAUUGCUGACUCAGUCCUUACUCCUGCUGGAGUUUAACUUGAAUACGGUCUGAGCCAGCACUUUUUUUUUCCUUUAAAUGAUCCCUACAUAGUUUACAGUGACUAAAAAUUCCUUGGACUAUUAAAACUGAAAUAAUUUUAAAAGUCAAAUUGAUCUUCAGCUCUUUGUGAUGUAUUUUUGACAACACACUCUGCAUUGACAGUGAAAUGAGACUACGGUGAGCCAUUUCUUGGUUCUCAUGCACUAGCACUUUGGCGCAACUUCAGGCAGUGAGGAUGACAAACUACCCAGGGAAGUGAUGGAUUCUCCAUUUCUUGAGGUUUUGAGAUGAAAACUGGAUGCCUUUCUGAAAAAUAUGCUUUAGUCAUAAACAAGUUAUUGGGCUCAAUGAAGCUCAAUGUAACUGGGUGAAACUGAACAGUCUGUGAUGAACAGGGGGUCAGACUAGAUGUUCUAAUGGUCCCUUAUGGCCUUAUAAUCUAUGAAUAUACCACAGUGGUAUAUUAACAUUUAAAAAUAUUUUUGACAUUUUAAAAAAGUUGUGAAAUCAUUUGUAGAAGACUCUAUGGCCUUUCUAAAAAAAAAGAAA